CUCGAUGAACUUUGCCUGAGCGUUGCUAUAUCCAAUCAACGGAUAGCUGGGUCUAAGGCAAAGCAUGGCACAGCUGAACUGAAGUAAAUGGCAGCAAGUUGAGGGUUUGCAGGUUCGGCAGUUUUACAUCACAGCGUAUAGCCCAGCUCAGUUAGAAGUUGAGAAUAAAUGAACUAUUAACAUCCACGAUGAUGACAUCUUUCAAAAUGAGGCUUGUAUUAAGUGUGUGCUUCGUGAGCUUUUUGUGUGUCGCGACUGCUACUGCUCAAGCACCAGAGAGACGUGGGGAAGGUUUCUCGGACACGAUUGGAUCUGGCGUCCACCCUGAGACGGAGGUCCAUGAUCUUGAAUAUGACCAGUUUGUCUACAGCCCGCACAUCAUCAUCAAUCCGCCACGGUUCAGCACCACAGGGGUAGCCAAAGCCUGUUGCAACUGCUCCUCAAUCCAAGACAUCGUCUCCACUGAGACAACGAGACUUGAGGCAGCGUACCGACGUCUUCGGGAUGAGACAAGGGAGCACCUCAAACAGCUGCAAGCUGCGAUGUCGGAUCUUGCCGAGAUGCUUAGAAACUUACCAGAUCCCGCAGUAACACUGCCAUCAAAUCCGGAGAAGCUGACGCCCGCAACUGAAAAGACAACACUACCGACAUCCAGCCCUGAAAGGUCUACUCUGCCUACAUCAACAACAAAGAUAACGUUUCCAAGUUCAACUCCAACUGUGCCACAAACACCAAAACAAGUUACAACCAUAGGCCUACCUGAACGGGUGACAACACCUUCGACUACUACAACAAGAACAACUGAAGCAAAAACGACGCCAUCACCUAGGACAACGAAACCCAAAACCACAGCUCGACCUGAGGCAAAAACUACGCCAAAGCCUGCGACAACACCCAAAACAACAACCCAACCUAUACCCAAAACAACAUCUGCUCCGUCGACUUCCAAAUUUACGACUGUGACUAUUUACAAGGACUGUUCCAAUGCUUUGGCCAGGGGUGUAACAAGGAGUGGUGUAUAUAAGCUCCAGCCUCAGGACAAUGGGGAGGAAAUCGAGGUUUAUUGUGAUAUGGACACAGACGGCGGUGGCUGGACGGUGUUUCAGCGUCGCCAGGACGGUUCGGUUGACUUCUACCGUGACUUUGAGGGUUACCGGCAGGGUUUUGGUGACCUAGAGGGUGAGUUCUGGCUGGGUAAUGACAACUUACACCGGCUGACCGCUCAGGAUGAUUACGUACUGCGAGUCGAUCUGACAGACUUCGAAGACGACUCCAAGUACGCUGUCUACAACUCGUUCGGCGUGGCCGACUUGAGUGACAGCUACCGGUUGAGCUUGGGCCAGUACUCGGGAACGGCUGGGGAUUCCUUGACCCGUCACAGCCAGAAACAAUUCACGACCAAAGAUGUAGACAACGACGAUUUUCUUACCGGUAACUGUGCUCUGCUCUACCACGGUGCAUGGUGGUAUGAGCGGUGCCAUCAGUCCAAUCUCAACGGUAACUACCUGGGCGGCCCUACCAAUAAAUACGCCAAGGGCGUGGUCUGGAGACGAUGGAAAGGAUACAACUACUCACUCAAGACGUCUGAGAUGAAAUUCAGAAAGAAAAAUUAACUAGGGGAACAUUGUUUUGAAACCUAGCAUAUCUGCAUGUUGAUGAACAUUUUAAGUUCCAUUGAACUGCUGUUCUGGUAUCGAUUUUACACUUGGUUGUUUUUUUUUAACAACUAUAAAUUAAGCACAGCAAAGAACAGGUUCACGUCAGUACAAUCUGAAGAAAAAACUCCAGUAAAUCUGACAAGAAAAAAUGUGAACUUGUACCCAACCAAAAGAGUUAGCUGUGUGUAUUUACAUGUAACCAGGCGGGGUUAUUUUAGCGUAGAUACCUCGAAACGUCAGGCAACAAAUACCACUUUCUACAAGUAGGCCUAUAUGCAUGUUAGCACGGUACAUUGCUAGCACAUGCCCGCUUGAGGACUUCAUCCUAAAGACCAAACCAGGCACGCUGUCAUCUCUGUCACGGAGGCCCUCUUCAAUGGCCAAAGCAUUGUGCUACCCUUCAAUGGGGAAAACUGCCUCACGAGAAAUUGUUCUGAACAAUAUUUACAACAAUUUCUUGUGAGGCAGUUUUACCCCAUUGCAGGGCCUCCUGUGGGUGUAUGCGUGUGGUGUUUAUGGUGUAAAUCGAGGAUUUUCUAUUGUUCCUCUUCCCUUUUCUUUUGUUUAUACUCAACGCAUCAGCUCU